AUGUCUCUCGCGGAAGCUUCAGAGGCCCGAAAAGCCCGUCUCCUUGCUCUUAGAAAGCGCAAGCAUGGAGAGGUCGUCGACGAGAAUGGCGUUCCCGAACCGCUCAUUAAGACUCGAAAUUUCGACCCGGAAUCUCGGACCCUAAAAAAGCACACUCAGGAUGAUGUUGUUAUGCAGGACACCGUCGAAAACCAGGUUGCAGGCCUUGCCGAGCAGAUCAUCGCUGACGAUGAGAAACGUCGUGCGCAGGAAUUGGACGUGUUCAAUAUCCAACCAAAGCGCCCAAACUGGGAUCUCAAGCGGGAGAUGGACAAAAAGCUAGCAAAACUGGAAAGACGGACGCAGGAAGCCAUCCAUACUCUCAUCCGACAACGACUUGCGGCCCAGAAGGGCGACUCAGAUGACCUCGUAGGCGCCAUGAAGGCCCAGGAACGCCAAACCGCCUCGGACACGUUGUCCGACGAGGAGGACUAA